CGUGUGGAUGGAGUGCCUGAUGCUUUUCUCCACCGGAGACCAGACGGUCGUCUUGCAUGCGGUCAGGUGACCUCUGAAUGACCUCAACAACACUUUCCUACUAACAGAAACGUCACACCCUUAAAACUGUGCUACAGCUCUAAACGUGUGUCAGCAUGAACUUGAAAAUGUGUCUGGAGUGACAGAAUUUGUUCAGCAGCCAGCAUGGACUUCCUGCAGAUGAAGCACCUGAAGAGGAAGAGGAAGAGCAACUACAGCGUGAAGGAAACUCAGACUCUGAUCCGCGAGAUCCACAAGCAACGUGAGAUUUUGUUCUCCCGCCAGCAGAACAUGGCCAUCAACGAGCUGAAGCGGCGAGCAUGGGAGGAGGUGGCAGACAGCGUGAACGCUCUCGGCGAGGGGGAGCUGCGGACGGCGGCCGAGGUCAAGCGGCGUUACCUGGACUGGCGCGCAUUAAUGAAACGAAAACAGCUUCAGGCUGAGUUGGAGUCGGGAUUGAAGCAGGAGUUUGAAGCUUCGUCUCCUGAUAACGACGCGUCUCUGGGUGGCGGUGACCAGUCGCUGGACCUCAGUGGGUUUUCCAAAGACUCGUCGUGCGACUGGCAGGACCUGACGGACCUCGGGGAGCCCAGCACACACACGUCUGGAGUCAAAACAGAGGACAAUGAGGCCAGCAGCUAUAGAUUGGAGGCAGAGGUUGGAGAAGGUGGUGAGGGUGAGGAGGACGAUGAAGACUGUUUUCCCUCCAUCCUUCCUGAUAUGGACCGCGAGGGCCGAGUUCCUGAGGUCUUCGCUCACAUUGAUGAAUUCGGUGUGCUGAGCUCCACAAAGCCCACGUCGGGCCCGGCGGUGACUCGAGACCUGGGGCUCGGAGUCGGGGGCUUGUCCGGGAUGGGUGUAGCUGGAUUGGGCCUGGCCGGAGGGGAGAACACAGGUGUGCUGGUGGCGCUGGAGAGGCAGAGACUGGACCUGGAGAAACACCGCUUACAGGUGGAGUCCGAACGGCUACAGGUGGAGAAAGAGCGCCUCCUGGUGGAGAAGGAGAGGUUGAGGCAGGGCGAGGUGGAGAGAGAGCGGCUGCAGCUAGAGAAGGAGCGUCUGCAGGUGGAGCGAGAACGAUUGCGACUGCUGCUGGAACAAAACACGCCCCUCCAGCAGAGCCCCGCCUCCUCGAUGUCUGUAGCCACGCCCACCACGUCGUCCUCUGCCCCCUCGUCAUCCUCAAUGGAUGGCGAGAAGGACAGGAAGCUGGUUUGGCCAAUGGUGGUGGAUUUGGAGACAGAGAAGCUGAAGUUAGAGAAAGAGCGCCUCCUGCUGGAGAAAGAGAGACUGCAGUUCUUCAAGUUUGAGUCGGGAAGACUGCAGAUUGAGAAAGAGCGCCUGCAGGUGGAGAAAGAGAGGCUGCAGCUUCACAAAGAUGGACAACAGAUGGCGCUGCACUCCUGAAACACCAUAGAUA